CCUGACUCAAAUUAAACUCCUCGCAGAGACACACAGCCACUUCAUUCGCAUUUUAUUUCACUUCUUGUUUAGUUGCUCUGCAAAUUUUUUCGGUGGCGAUGUCGGUGAAGUGUGGAGGGACGUCCCAGGCUAAGCCUGCCGACGAAAACGUACAGAAGAUCUGUGAUUCGGUGAAGCAGCAUGCAGAGCAAAAGGCAGGGAAGACCUUUGAAGUGUUCACUGCCAAGACCUUCAAGACCCAGGUUGUGGCGGGCACCAACUACUUUGUCAAGGUCCAUGUGGGAGGAGACGAUCAUGUUCACCUCCGUGUUUACAAGAAACUCCCAUGCGAUGGAGGAGACCUCGAGCUCACCAGCAUUCAGCACUCCAAGAGUGAACACGACCCUCUUGAGUACUUCUAAUGGGAUGACUAACAAACCUAAGCAUCAGUGCCUACAGUGUCAUGAUAACCUCUUAAUAUACUGAGAACAAUGUUAUAUGCACUUACAGUUACUUACAUGUAACCACAUACUGUACAUGUACCGUAGAUCCUCCACAUUUAGACAGGAUUUGUGUAAAAAUUUAACUAUUUUUUACAAGAUCUAUGAAUUAAAAAAAAGAAAAUGUGUUGUGA